AUGAAUCAAUACCGACUAGUAAACGGUAUUGGAAGUAUUAUUUCCAAUAGAAUUCUAUUAGCGCAUCAAAACGUUACCAAUAGUGACGACUCUCUAUUUUCUUGGACAAAUGGAUUAACUCUUUCAGAAUAUGGAUCUUUAGAAACGACCGUUCAAUGUGUCGGUCCCUUAUAUAAUCAAUCAUGUUUAUAUAAAAAUUUAUAUUAUGUAAAUAAAACAUUCCUUAUUCUAAUUGUAAAUGGAAGAACAUUGCCACCACUCGAAGUCCGUUAUAAUGCGUUCGGCCUAUGGGACAAUUCGCCAACUAAAUAUGAGUUUCCUUCGUACAAGCAACUUGAUAGAUUUGUUCGUCAGAUCGCUAAUCCUAUGAUUAUUCCAGACGUAACUGUCUUUUUUAGUCAAUCAUGGCACUACAAUAUUGCUCACGCGCUAUUCGAUGGUCUCUAUCCAGCUUAUUUGGCACUUAUUCGUUUCACACCCAGACAUUUACAUCCUUUCCGAUUAUUAGUUCAUAUAGAUCCAUGCAAUUUAUGUUGGAGUGAGGAUGUUUACAGUCGUUUUGCUGGUCUUGGUAUUAUCAAGCUCAACGUUCUUGAACGUAUGUCAACAGAAAGAUGGUAUAUGUUCGAUGAAUUGAUUAUGGGUACUGGUAACAUGUGCCAGCGUUGUAUUCAACCAAAUUAUCAACUACCUGGUGGUAUUGAACUCAAUGGUUCUAAACUCUUCCGCGAUCGAAUGUAUAAGCAACAUGGUCUCUUCCUUCCAACUACUCGACAGAAGAACUCUUCUGAAGGUCGACAUCCUCGAUAUCCUCUAAAUGCAUAUAUUAUCGAUAACAAACGAUUCAAUGAAAAUGAUAGAAAAGAAAUUUACGAUGCAAUAAAUGAGAUAAACAACUAUACAAAUACAUACUUGAAUAUACUGAGAAAUAACAUACAGCAAUUAGAAUGGCCUUUAGUUCGUAUCUCUUAUCUUUCCUAUAAUCUUGUCAAAACUCAAUAUAAUAGUUCCGUUCAGUUCAAUACUACUUCGAUAGACUCAAGACCACCUGCAUACGAACUAACUGAAAAUGAUUUUAUGGCUCAAUUACGAAAAGUACAACUGAUGGAUAUUCAUAUCAGUGGUCCUGGUACAGGGCAAUUCUAUCAAGUUUUUCUACCUGAUGGAUCUGUGACCAUAAAUCUUGGUGCUAUUCGACCUUGGCCAGAAAAAAAUCCUAAGAAAAUGUAUACAUCGUUUUUCGAAGAGUAUUUGACAUCUGGAACACCCUAUAUCAAAGGUCUCUAUUAUCCAAUGAAUAAACGUUGGAAAGGAAUAAAAAAGGAGGAAAUAAUAAAACUUGUAAGAAGAGCAGCUCAUAUGAUUAUGAAUGGAUUUUCUAUUCCAGUGAAUCCUCGAGAUAAUCUGGCUUCUGAUGGACAACUAUUUACUGAAAUGUGUGAAAAAGACAAAGGUUUUUGCAAUCUCGUCACUAUUCGAUCAGGAAAAAAUCAUUUCGCUUGCACUGAUGUAUUUGCCGAGGAUAUUAUUCAUGAAUAUAAACAAUGGAAUAUUGAUGGUUACAUGGAUGGGAAUAAAACUAUUCGUUGUCCAUUGAAUCGGACAUUGUUGCGUGAACUAAGACAAAAGUAUGGUAUUUAUCAUUAUGUAGAUUCGUGA